AAAUUCAUGCUGAAGUGCAGUUGAAGAAUUAUGGAAAAUUUCUUGAGGAGUAUACAUCUCAGCUGAAGAGAAUUGAAGAUGCUUUGGAUGACUCUGUUGGAGAUGUUUGGGACUUCAGUCUUGAUCCCAUUGCAUUAAAGCUUUUGCCAUAUGAACAGUCCUCCCUACUGGAGCUCAUAAAGACAGAAAACAAGGUUCUAAACAAAGUAAUAACUGUGUAUGCUGCCCUUUGCUGUGAAAUCAAGAAGUUAAAAUAUGAGGCAGAAACUAAAUUUUAUAAUGGCCUCUUGUUUUAUGGAGAAGGAGCCACAGAUUCUAGCAUGGUGGAGGGAGACUGCCAAAUACAGAUGGGAAGAUUUGUUUCUUUCUUGCAGGAGCUGUCUUGCUUUGUUACCCGAUGUUACGAAGUGGUGGGGGAAGGAGGACAUCAGUUGUUGGCUGUUCUAUACCAGCAACGAGAAUGCACCUAAAAUUAUAGAGACAUCUGGAGUUCAUUUUCAGGCAAUGUACGAGCAUCUGGGAGAGUUGCUCACAGUCUUAAUCACUCUGGAUGAAAUAAUUGACAAUCAUGCCACUCUGAAAGAUCACUGGACCAUGUAUAAGAGGCUGCUAAAAUCUGUCCAUCACAACCCUUCUAAGUUUGGGAUACAAGAAGAUAAACUGAAGCCGUUUGAAAAGCUGCUGUUAAAACUGGAAUGCCAGUUACUUGAUGGAAUGAUAUUUCAGGCCUGUAUAGAGCAACAGUUUGAUUCUGUAAAUGGUGGAGUGUCAGUGUCGAAGAACAGCACGUUUGCUGAAGAAUUUGCUCACACUCUUCGCACAACUUUUGCAAAUGUUGAAGCCAAACUUGGUGAACCUUCAGAAAUUGACCAGAGAGAUAAGUAUGUGGGCAUCUGUGGCCUCUUUGUACUGCAUUUUCAGAUUUUUCGGACCAUAGACAAGAAAUUUUACAAGUCAUUGUUGGAUGUCUGUAAAAAGGUACCAGCCAUCACAUUAACUGCUAACAUCAUCUGGUUUGCUGACAACUUUCUGAUUCAGAAAAUACCAGCUGCUGCCAAACUUCUGGACAAGAAAAGUAUUCAUGCAGUUAAAACACAAAGGGAGAACUUUCUACAGCAGAAGGCACAGUCACUUACCAAAGAUAUGCAGUCAUAUUAUGUUUUGGUGAGCUCGUGGAUGACAAAAAUGGAAUCUAUCUUGUCAAAGGAGCAACGUGUGGAUAAGUUUGCAGAAUAUCUUUCUAACCGCUGCAAUGUCUUCAUCCAGGGUUUUCUUUAUGCAUACAGUCUUAGCACCAUCAUUAAAACUACAAUGAACCUCUACAUGUCAAUGCAAAAACCUAUGACCAAAACCUCGGUGAAAGCUCUAUGCAGGCUUGUAGAACUUCUGAAGGCAAUAGAACACAUGUUUUACCGAAGAAGUAUGGUUGUGGCAGAUUCUGUGACACACAUAGCUCAGCAUCUGCAGUAUCAGGCUCUUCACUCUAUUUCUGUAGCCAAGAAAAGAGUCGUUUCUGAUAAAAAGUAUAGUGAGCAACGCCUGGAUGUCCUAUCGGCUUUGGUGUUGGCUGAGAACACUCUCAAUGGGCCAAGUACAAAACAGAGGCGACUAAUUGUUUCCCUUGCGCUGAGUGUGGGAACACAGAUGAAAACUUUUAAAGAUGAAGAACUCAUUCCCCUUCAGUUAGUUCUGAAAAAACUAGACUUGAUCAGUGAACUUAUAGAGCGAGUUCGAGCACAAUGUGACUGUUGUUUCUUAUACUGGCAUCGAGCAGUGUUUCCAAUCUAUUUAGAUGAUGUGUAUGAAAAUGCUGUUGAUUCUGCUAGGCUGCAUUAUAUGUUUAGUGCACUACGGGACUGUGUACCUGCUAUGAUGCAUGCAAGACACUUGGAAUCUUACGAGAUGCUUCUGGAAUGCUAUGACAAAGAAAUCAUGGAAGUGCUCAAUGAGCACUUGCUGGACAAAUUAUGUAAAGAGAUAGAAAAGGACCUGCGCUUAUCAGUUCAUACGCACUUAAAGUUGGAUGACAGAAACCCCUUCAGAGUUGGUAUGAAGGAUCUAGCUCACUUCUUCUUUCUGAACCCAAUACGUUUUUUCAAUCGAUUCAUUGACAUAAAAGCUUAUGUAACUCACUAUUUGGACAAGACCUUCUACAACUUAACGACUGUAGCUCUCCAUGACUGGGCCACCUACAGUGAAAUGAGAAACCUAGCAACUCAACGCUAUGGUCUAAGUAUGACUGAAGCACACCUUCCUAGCCAGACUCUGGAACAGGGUCUGGACGUUUUGGAAAUCAUGAGAAAUAUUCAUGUUUUUGUAUCCCGCUACCUCUACAAUCUGAAUAAUCAGAUCUUCAUUGAAAGAACAAGUAAUAACAAGCACUUGAACACUAUCAAUAUUAGACACAUUGCUAAUUCAAUUCGAACUCAUGGAACAGGAAUCAUGAACACAACAGUAAACUUCACUUACCAAUUUUUGAGGAAAAAGUUUUAUAUUUUUAGCCAGUUCAUGUAUGAUGAACAUAUCAAAUCCAGACUUAUCAAAGACAUUAGAUUCUUCAGGGAAGUCAAGGAUCAAAAUGAUCACAAGUAUCCCUUUGAAAGAGCAGAUAAAUUCAACCGUGGCAUCAGAAAACUUGGAAUAACCCCGGAUGGCCAGAGCUAUCUUGACCAGUUCAGACAACUCAUAAGUCAAAUUGGCAAUGCUAUGGGUUAUGUACGAAUGAUAAGAUCUGGUGGACUUCACUGCUGUAGUAGUGCAAUUAGGUUUGUUCCUGAUCUGGAAGAUAUCGUUAACUUUGAAGAGCUGGUGAAAGAAGAAGGACUCUCAGAAGAAACACAAAAAGCAGCAAGGCAGUUGGACUCUGUCCUCAGUGACCUCACGCGUAACUUUGCAGAAGGAACGGAGUACUUCAAAAUGCUUGUGGAUGUAUUUGCUCCUGAAUUCCGCAGUCCAAAGAACAUGCAUUUGCGGAACUUCUACAUAAUUGUUCCCCCACUGACCCUCAAUUUUGUAGAGCAUUCAAUCAGUUGCAAGGAGAAAUUGAAUAAGAAGAACAAAAGUGGAGCAGCUUUCACUGAUGAUGGGUUUGCCAUGGGUGUGGCUUACAUUCUGAAGCUUUUGGAUCAGUACCAGGAGUUUGAUUCUCUGCACUGGUUCCAGUCUGUUAGAGAGAAGUAUGUGAAGGAAAUAAGAGCAGUAGCUAAGCAGCAGAAUGUGCAGUCCACUAAUCAAGAUGAAAAACUACUACAAACUAUGAACCUUACCCACAAGCGACUGGAAGUUUGUUUACAGGAAUUUGAACUCCUUUAUUUCUCACUAAGUAGUGCAAGAAUUUUUUUCAGAGCAGAUAAAACUGCAGCAGAAGAAAACCAGGAAAAGAAAGAAAAAGAAGAAGAAUCUGUUAAAGCAAGCAACGGAGAUCUUUCCAACUCUACGACUGCAGAUCCUGUUGUGAAAUGAUAUGGCUGAGAAUGGGAAAAUCAGAGAAGUUAACAUAAUAAAUUCUCAUUUCGUACCGAAGGUCUGAUUUGCAUCUACAGAAGUAAGGAAAUCCAGAGCCAAGACAGAACCACAAUCAGCUCUUCCUUUUAUGACCAGACACUGUGUGAUGGGUGUCUGUAACUAUUAAGUGAUCUUACACUUCAUGAAUAUGUUGUGCCUAACUGCAAGUUUCAGCCUCAAUUCUGUAUUUCCUAGCCUUUGUAGGUCUGUUGUACCGUCUGUGUUGUUCAUACAGUCUUACAUGCCUCAUUAUUAACAGUAAUUGCACUGCAGGCUUCAGAAGCUGCUGAACACUGUGAGAACUCUGUAUAAAUACAACAUCUGUUAAUGCCUGCAAGUAGAGGUUCUAGAUGAUGCGAGAGUUACUCAGAUUCCUAACUCAAGUAAGUAGCUAGACUUUGCUUAAAAGUAAACACCACUUUUCAUUAAAAGAUACAGUUGUGUUUUAGUCUCCCAGAACAUAAAACACUUCUAGGUCUUAUUAACUAGAAUAAACUACUCUAGUCCAACUGAGAAUUAGGUUGGGGGGGGGGGGUUUGGUGCACUCAACCGUAUUUUUUUAGGCCAUACUUGCCAGCUUCUUUCAUCUCUUGUAAUUACAAAAAAGGUAAUGUUUUAAUGGUUCAAAUUGUCCCGCCCACCCUUGGGUCACUGGUUAAGACAGUUCCUGACGUACUUCUGAUUCGCCCUUUCCUGCCAGUCACUUCAACGUUCAGAAAGCCAGGACAAAUGCUUUGUUGCAACUGGAAAGACCAGACUGGUAUGAAAGUCCUUUUGUUGGUUCUGAAAACAUGACACGGAAGCUUCAUGGACUGUUUAAAUCAGCUGGGCUCAUUAAAGUUUUUAUUUUUAAUUCAUUAUAACUGCAGAGACUGCCCUAAAGAAUGCUGCAUUACUUGAUUAGUAUUUUUGCUUUUUUUUAUUUUGAUACAGGUAUUUUUUUCAUAACUUGUGUACACUUUCUUUUUUGACCAAAUUGUGCCCGCACUGAAUGCUCAGUAGCGCUGCCGAGAUCAGCAUUCUUGCUGCUGCUGCUGCUGAUUUCCGUACUGUUGCAACUGCAGAGUACAUAUUUCCAUAUUCCUAUCUCAUCCGAAGGCACCCAAGUUCUUGGCUUGGAACGGCCAAGCACUGCAUUUCCUUCUUCCACACAGCUGCAGAAUCACGCAUAGAUGGUGUUCGUUUCCCCCGGGACGGAGGGGCUAGGUAGCUAUGUACAGCCAAGACAUCACCCGUGCUCUGAUAAAAUCUGCACUUGUAUUUUCCCUUCUCCUACUUUUUGGGAAAGACACUAUCUUGGAUAGGUAAUACUUUGCAGUUGAAUAUAAACGGAGCUGUGCAUUUUCUUAACGUAUGGUGGUUAACAAAUUCACAUGGUUCUGGUGAUGGAAAUUCUACAGGAAAGACAAGCCUAUUUUUAUAGAACCCUGUUUAAUCUGGGAGACCUGAAUAUAUGCUAUAUGUGGCAAAAAUAUAUACAUACACACAAAUAUGUACAGUGAUAAUAGAGCUAUUCUUGCUAAUACAGGACUAUAGUUUAUAUUUCCUUUUCUUCCUGUUGUGUAGCAGCAUAUACAUGCAGAAAGCUUUUCUCAUCUGAAAUACAAGGUGGGUCCUGGAUUGGGAUGUCACACACUCAUCUGUGUCAGAGUGAGUCACAUUAAAUCCUUUUUUUUCCCCCCCCAAGGAUCUGAAAGGGGUGCAAAAUUCUUGCUGUGGUGCUACUACUAUUUUCAUUGCUUUUGCCCUCCUGUUCCAAUUAUAGGAACAAAAUGCACCCCGGCUGGUUGUCUGGAGAUGAGACGAUGGAGCUAAAACAAAAAUCCCCCAAACUAAACCAAACGUGCUCACUCAAAAUUCCCAGAGGUGAUAAAAGGAAAGCGAGGCUGAUGAGUUUGCUGCAGGGACGUAAAACAGACCUGUAGGGGGCAGAACAGGCUGCAGGCCAGCCUCCCUCCCCCGGGGGGGGGGGGUGCCGCCACUGCCCUCCUGUGUUCAGUCUUGUGGCGGGGCUGUUGCCGCACGUAGAGGCGGUAGCGGCUGCUCUUCCCGAGGUCUUGCAACCCGCCUCCGACAGGGCGCUGUGCAGCCGGGGGGGGGCUGCCUUGCCCUUCCUCCUCGCAGCACGGCGGGGGGGGGGGGGGGGGGGCAGCUCUGGCCAGCGCCCAGCUGAGGCCCAGCGCACUUUCAGCCCCAAGGUCAAAAGGUGUUUGCAUCGAUGGGUGGUGAGUGACGGCUGCAGCAGCCCCCAGCUGGUCGGCCCUUCGCUGGGGAGGGAGCUGCUGCUGCUGAAGGGUAGAUUCUGGAGGUCCUAACGUGGCCUGUAAUCGGAAGUAAAUUUGAGUUUUCAUCAUCAAAAACGGCUGUUUUCAGCUUCUCAGGUACAAAGGACCAAAUGUAACAAUGUUUCCUAACUCGUUGUACAGAAGGGUAUUUUGUUACCUCAGUCUCUUUGGUUUGUGAGUAGAGAACAUUAUGUACAUAAAACUGUGUUAAUAAAUGUCAUUUUGAG